GUACGUCAUCCUCAUGCCAACUGUUUCUGUGUGACAUGCACCUUGUAGCAUCACCUCUGGAGGUUGCUAGUCAUCGUGAUCGUGGUUGUUCUGAUUCGGAUUAGUUACAAAAUUAUUGAAAUUAUUUCCCUAUACGUGUAAAUAAACUGUCUAGGAUUCGCGAUGUUUCUCUGGGAUUGGUUCACUGGUGUUCUGGGAUAUUUAGGAUUAUGGAAAAAGUCUGGCAAGCUGCUCUUCUUAGGAUUGGACAAUGCUGGUAAAACCACUCUUCUUCAUAUGCUGAAGGACGAUCGUUUAGCUCAGCAUGUUCCCACAUUGCAUCCAACUUCAGAAGAACUUUCCAUAGGUAAUAUGAGAUUUACAACAUUUGAUCUUGGUGGACAUCAUCAAGCAAGAAGAGUUUGGAAAGAUUAUUUCCCUGCUGUAGAUGCUAUUGUUUUUCUCAUUGAUGCCUGUGACCGAGAUCGGUUCAAUGAAAGUAAAAGAGAACUAGAUUCACUACUGACAGAUGAGCAGUUAAGCAACUGCCCAGUUCUCAUUUUAGGGAAUAAAAUUGACCGACCUGGUGCUGCUUCGGAAGAUGAGUUAAGAAACGUGUUUGCUCUUUAUGGACAGACAACAGGAAAGGCUAAGAUUCCUAGAUCAGAACUUCCUGGGCGUCCUUUGGAGCUUUUCAUGUGCUCUGUAUUGAAAAGACAAGGCUAUGGAGAAGGCUUUCGAUGGCUAGCUCAGUACAUUGACUGAAAAAUCAGCAGUUGCAGAUAAGGAAUGUUCAUGCAAAUUUUGUGAUGGGGAAGUAUAGUGAUUUCAUUUCUAAGAUGAAACCGUGUGAAAUUUUGUAAUAUAUCAGUUGCAUUAAAGUGGACAGUUGCUUCAUUAAGGAAUCUGCUGCUCAAAAAAAAAAAAUCCAUCUCAGUUAUCAUUUCUAAGCUGAUGUUGAUGUUUAUUUGUUGUGAAAUUGUUGAUCCAAACCAAUUUGUGUGAUAGGAUGGUAACUGUUUGAGGUUACUUUGCAUUAACUUGUAAAGGAAAAAGGGUGCGGGUGCACUUGUGUGUGUGUGUGUGUGUGUGUGUGUGUGUGUGUGUGUGUUGUAACUAUUUAUGUGUAAAACUAAUCAGUGUAGAGAAUAUGUGACGACUGAUAUACCAAUUUUCUAUUAACUGUUUUUAUCAUUUGCUGUAACUGGUAAAUGUACUGUCAAUGUGAUUUUCAUAGGAUUGUUAAUGACAAACUUAAAUAAAAACCAGUCAGCUUGAAAACA